CAAAAGAUGUACGGAUUAAACCGUCUCAAUUCGGCCAAUCACAUCUCCGCCGCUGCCGCCGUAUAUCCGAAACGGUUGCUCAGAACAAGUAUCGGUCACUCCUCUCCCGCAGCGACAGCUGGAAUUAGUGACACCCGCAAUAGUUAUGUGAGAAAAAGGGGGAAAAAGCUGAAGGAGCUCUCGAGGAGUGUGGUGAUGCUCACUUGCGAUUCAUAUGUAGACGGUGGUGUCUGUAAUGUUUAUUUGGUCGGAUCCAAUCACGCUUCUCCGAAAUCUUGGGAAGAAGUUAGGGCAACGGUGCGAUUCUUGAAACCAGAGGUUGUUUUCCUCGAAUUUUGCUCUAAUCGCGAACAUAUUCUUAGGCGUGAAAAAAUUAAGGUUCCGACCAUAAUGGAAAUGGUGGAAAUGUGGAAAAAAAAUAAUAAACUUUCUUGGAUUCUUUACAGGUGGUAUUUUGCUAAGCGUGUGAGUCGAUUUGAAGUUCCAGAUGAUGGAGAUUUUCUGGCAGCAUAUGAUGAAGCCAAGAAAUAUGGUGCCAAGGUUAUAUUGGGCGAUCGACCACAAGAUAUUACAGAUCGGAGGUAUAUUGCCAAGACGUCUAUUUGGCAAUUUCUCACCGUUCAAAUUGAAGGAAUUCCCAUGAAUUUGCCAAAUGAUAUUGUGGAGAAGGUGAUAUACGGAAAGUAUGAUGCUCAUGCGGUCCAUCGAUAUAAUCAAGAGAUGGCCAAGAGCGAUCCUGCUUAGGCAGAAAUAUAUAUCCAUGAGCGUGACCUAUAUCUGUCGGCCAAGAUACUAGAUGUUGCCCGUAAGCAUAAAUCAGUGGUAGCCGUCGUGGGAAUGGGCCA